AUGCAGGAAACAUGUGUCGAAAAAAAAUAUUUAUUUAAAAAUGCGUUGAUUUUAUUUGUUCAGGUGAUUUUGGGUGGUGGCAGAAGACACUGGCUGCCCAAAGUCGCUAGGGACCCUGAGCAGACACUGGAAGAGGGUCGGCGUCUGGACGGCAGAAACCUGAUAGACGAUUGGCUCAGGGACAAAAAGAAGAAGAAUCAGAGAGCAGAGUACGUCUGGAACAAACAGCAGUUGGACGCAGUAAGCGUUGCGUCCGUCGACUACCUGCUAGGUCUUUUCUCCUAUUCACACAUGGACUUUGAAGCUGAAAGAGACAAGAAGUCGACAGGAGAUCCCUCCUUAGCGGAAAUGACAGCAAAAGCUCUGAAAAUACUGUUAAAAAAUCCAAGAGGAUUCUUUCUCUUCGUAGAAAGUGGUAGGAUAGAUCACGCUCACCACUACAACAACCCUUACCGAGCUCUAGACGAGACCCUCUCACUGGACGAGGCCGUGAUGAUGGUCCUGUCCAUGGUCGACCCCUCGGACACCUUAGUCGUCGUCACAUCUGACCACUCCAAUGUCCUCACCCUGGGCGGCCUAGCCACGCCGCGGGGCAACCCUAUUCUUGGUACGGACACCAAGCCGUCAGACAUGGAUGGUCUGCCAUACUCCAGCCUGCUCUACGGCAACGGUCCCGGGUACACAAGUCCUCGGGCCAUCCCCUCCAACACUAGCGAAGAAGAGAGGAACGCUGUCCAUGGAGCGGCCGUCCCUCGCCAGUGGGCAACCCAUGGUGGCGAGGACGUACCCGUGUACGCUCAGGGUCCAUUAGCCAGGGAGUUGUUCAGCGGGACCGUGGACCAAAGCUACAUUCCCCACGCUAUAGCCUACAUAGCCUGCCUAGGUCAUCAAAAGUCCAGGUGUUCGGAGGUGAAAAACGAGACAAAGGAGUCGACAAGCUGUGCCGUUACCGAAGGACCCAAGAGUAGAUCUGGACUGGUUUUAGCCUCAAGUGUCAUGUCUGAUGACAACAAAGUAGCCUCCAAGAGUGCAAUACACUAUUGUCGAGUCAUCAUAUCUACUUUACUUGUGAUAAUAUUAGUGUCAUAGACGCCAAAGCAAGAUCUCUGAAGAAGAAUCAGAAUCCGCAUAACGAAUUUCACUGUCAAAAACUUUGGCUUAUAGAUGUAACCAUCAUGACUUAAGGUCAAUUGUAAGGUGUUACUUCAAGGCGAAAAAAAUCCAGUGUUUCUUAUAUUACCAUUUGCCUCUCAUUAUUCUUUUAGUGAAUUGGAUUUUAUAGUUGCAGUUGAUGUUUAUUGUUUUAUUGAUAUGUGUUUAACAACAGAAUCCAAUCAUAUUUAUUUUUUACUUCUGAUUCAUAUACUCAACGUAUUUUUAACUUCAAAAGACAAAUUAGUUUUGGAAUAAGGAAGGCUGUUAAAUGUUAGCAAUUAAUAUUUUUACAGCCAGUGAUACUGAUUCGCAGGUUGAAAUAAUGAAAAUGUUUGUCAAACAUUGUUAGUGUUUUACAUAUUUAGUUAAUGCUUUAUUUUAACCUAUUGUAAAUACAUUCAGACAAUCAUGUUAGGAGAAUAGUUUGAAGUGCCUUCUAUAAAAUGAGUGA